CUGGCUGCACGUCAAACGUCAGCCUUAGAAGCUUGAAUCAAGACAAACAUUCUUCGCUACAAUGAUCGAUAGGCAUUCAUGGCCUCGUGAGAAAGAAUACGCGAUAUUGUGAGGAGAAAGAUACCAGUGGUGCUCAGAAAGCCGACAGAGGUAUUUUCGAAUGUGGUUGCUAGCACACCUCGUACUUCCAAUCCUGACCAUGUCCUCUAUUUUAGGCGUGCCGAUACCGCCUCCGAUGCAUUCCUAUCGAACGAUACAACUGGUUAAACUGGUGUGCAGGUGCAGAUCGUUAUCAAAUGAAAGAAUCUGGAGCAUUUAGUUCAUAGUUUUUGCAGUGAGUCCCUUACGAACUUGUGAGUGCACCUUCAUAUCAACCGGAAGAGUGAACUGUAGCAGCUGGUUCUCGAAGUAGAAGCAAAAUGACCGUUGCCAGGCGAGAGCAGCGACAAGUUGACGGAAUGCGAAAAGGACGGCUGCAUGUAGUGGUGCUGCCGUAUCCCGCAAAGGGCCACAGCAUCCCGCUCCUGCAUUUCGCGAAGCAGCUGCAUUCCAUGGGAGUUUUCGUCACUUUCGUCAACACAUUCAACCAUCUCUCCAAAGAGCAUUUCAGGAGCAUCUAUGGCGCCAACGAGGAUGACAAUCCUAUGCAAGUGGUGCCACUUGGAGUAACGCCUCCCGAGGGCGAAGGUCACACUAGUUUGCCUUAUGUCAAUCAUGUCAACACCCUCGUGCCCGAGACCAAGAUCCUCAUGACAACCCUCUUCGCUCGCCAUGAAGAUGCUCCACCUUCUUGCAUAGUUAGCGACAUGUUCUUGGGGUGGACACAGGAAGUUGCAAAUACGUUCAAUAUCCCAAAGUAUGUUUUGUUCGCCUCGCCAGCGUCUGGUUUGGCGUUCAUGCUGCACACGUCUGAGCUCGUAAAGCAGGGGAAGCUACCAAUCGACCGGUCCAAGGAGGAGGACCUCGUGUAUGACAUCCCCGGUGUCCCACCGACUCGGUUAGCAGACUUUCCGUCGCCAAUCCAAGACCCAGAGGACGAUAGCUAUCUGUUCUACCUACGCAACUGCGAGCAGCUGCUCGAGGCGGCCGGUGUGCUGAUCAACACGUACUACGAGCUGGAGCCGACCUAUAUUGAGGCUCUUCGAAAGGCUUAUAAUCUAAUAAGCUUUCUUCCGGUUGGCCCUUUAUUGCCGAAGGCGUAUUUCGAGCCUUCCAGCGAUGUGGUUCCGGUGGAUUCAGAUAUCCGGGAUCCAUGCUUGAAAUGGCUGGACACGCAGCCGGACUCUUCCGUUCUAUAUGUCUCCUUCGGUAGCGUAGCGGUUUUAUCAAUUGAACAAAUUCAAGAGAUAGCGCAGGGAUUAGAGGCGAGCGGGCAACGGUUUCUGCUGGUGCUGCGGCCACCAUCGAACCCUGAGAAUGUGCCCUUGUUGCCGGAAGGAUUUGAGGAGCGCACUCGGGGUAGGGGGUUUGUGCAAGUAGGGUGGGCACCGCAGCUGUGGGUACUGUCUCAUCGAGCUGUAGGAGGGUUUCUGACACAUUGCGGGUGGAAUUCGACGUUGGAGAGUAUUUGCCGAGGGGUGCCGAUGCUUGCGUGGCCGAUUCAAGCAGAGCAGGCGAUGAAUGCCAGGUUUCUUGUGGAUGUAGUCAAGGCAGGUGUCGAAUUGUGCAGGGUAACGGAUAAGCUCGUCACCAAGGAGCGUAUUUCUGAAACUGUGAAGUUUUUCAUGACGGAAGGUGUGUCAACAGCCCGAAAGAACGUACGGAAACUGCAAAAGCUGGCGUUGAAUGCAGUGGCAUUAGGUGCGUCGGUACAGAAGAACUUGGAAGACUUUACAUUGGAGGUUAGAUUUGGGAAACAACUACCCAACGGAUUGUAGCUCUAAACUUCUAAUUCUAUCUAAAAUAAAACCACAAUCUAAGGCGCAUGCUAUAUUAUUUUUUUUUUUAAUAAAGAUCAGUGAAGAGACCAGUAGCUUCCAUGUGUUGAGGACAAGUCUUUAUUGCUUUAAAUCGGUGGUGGAUUACAAAAUCAAAAAAUCCAACUUUUACAAAACUUUGAUGUGUAGCAUCUAUUACUACUACUAAGAGAAGUGUGGCACCUAAUUAUACUA